AUGAGGCCGGUGUCCCUGGUGCUGCUCCUCACCUUUGCCCUGCUGGCUUUCAGUGCUGGUCACAUCCUAGCAGGAUUAGCGGAGGGGGAAAGCAGGGAGCAGAAAAUGUGGGUCAGAGAGGGGAGUUCAGCUGUGCUGCCCUGCCACUUGAGCCCCAGAAAAAUGAGAAAGAGCUUGAAGCAGCUGCCUGACAAGACAUCUGUGCUGUGGAAGAGGCAUGGGGGAAGUGUCCACCAGGAGCCACAUGGGGUACUGGAGGUGGGGUACUCGGGCCUCCAGAAGACAGCACUGCUCAUGAAGCCCCGGGUGUCACUCCAGGACUCUGCUUUGCGCAAUGGCAAUUUCUCCCUGCGGAUUGACCCCGUCCGGAGUGAGGACGCUGGGCUCUAUGAGGCAUGGGUGAAAUACAACUCGGAGGUCCACACUUGCCACGUGGAGCUGGGGGUGAUUACAGUAACCCUCAGUCCACCUGAUCCUGUGGUAGAAAAUGAACAGCUCUUGAUGAGCUGCAACUCCAGCUACCGGGCCAGCCUUGUGGAGACAUGUUGGUUCCAUAACGGGCACCUGGGCCUCACCUCCAGGACCUUCUGCUCCUUGCCUGGGGCUCUCUCCAUCCUACGGCCAUCCAUGAGUGAUGCGGGCUCCUGGCGCUGCCAGCUUCGAUACUCUGAUAACGAGAUCAUUUCUGCCACGUACAACCUGCAAAUUCUAGGUUUUGAUGGCCCAACCAACCCUGUGGUCUAUGCUGCAGCUGGCUCUGCAGCCCAUCUACCGUGCAGCCUGAGCUACCUUCCCAGUUCCUUUCAGAUGAACGUGGUGACAGCCCACUGGAGCCACCUCGCAGGAGGACACUUGCAAGACUGGGAUAUCUCCCCGAAUCUGAGUAGCAGAAACUUCCCCCUGCAUCUCCCUGUGGUGGGGCCGGGUGAUGCAGGGCAGUACCUCUGUGCCGUCUCUGUGGGCCACAAAACAAUCAGCAGGGAGGUGACCUUGGCAGUGGUUACAGUGACUCCAAGCAUCCAAGGGCCAGUUUCUGAGGGUCGUUUGCUGCUCAUCUGCAGCCUCACACACUCCUUGGGACAUGAACGUUUCCAGUGGAAGCACCUUGGCUCAGUCACCACUAACAGCAAGCUGGCUGUGGCCACACCCCAAAACCUGGAGGGCCACAGUGCCCCCACGGGACCUACCUUGGAAAUACCCAAAGUGUCACAAAAGGAUACGGGCACAUGGGAAUGCAGCGUAUAUGGCCCAGAAGGCCAGCUGGGAGCAGUGGAGUAUGAGCUGCAGAUCACAGGUGCCCAGGUCUCCAGCCCUCCUGCUAUCUUCAGUGGGCAGAUUACUUUUGGGCUGACACUCACCCUCUUCCUUCUGCUUGCUGUCUGUGUUGUGGCUCUGGCCCUACAGAAAAGGGCACAGACUCCUGCCUUCCCGGCACUGGAAGGGAUGUUUGCAGUCCCUGGGCCAUGGAAGUCAAUGAAAGAAAACCAGAAAGGGAAGAUCCAACAAACUGAGUGCUGACAGGAGCAGGGACACCGGGGCUAGUCUGCGUGGGAGGAUGAAACUCUGUGUGCCAUGCUGCAGAGAGAUGGGCACCAUGCAGACCUGUCAGGGAGGUCGAGGGACGGCAUGAACAAUGCAGAAGGCCUUGGGAGCUCUGCACCUGCAGGAGGGCUGGGAGCUGCCUUCCAGGGCAAGGCGAGCCUCACCGCUGCAGUAAGGUGGCCAGCAGCACAGAUACUUUGGAGCUAUUGGGAGCAUUUGAGCCAGUAGCUAUUGCCUGCUUCAGUGCCACAUCUCUGCCCACUCUUUGCCCCUCCUCCAUGGCUCCUUUCACAACCUUUCUCUGGUGGAACACCAGGACGCAGGAGAUGGCUGCAAUCUAUCUUUCCUGCAACCUGAUGGUGCUUUCUGCCCCCCCUUGCUCUGUUUCUUCUCCCUCUGCCUGCACUGCCCUGAUCACUGCCCUGUUGCACAGUUUGAGCAUUUUAACUUAUU